AUGCCGGCGACCCUCCCAAGAUUGGGGCCCCUGCCCCUCUCGGCAAGCGGCAUACAAUUCUCCUCCGACCUCCUCAGCUCCCUCAGCAGCGGCGUGUUCCGCGCCUGCUCCAUAACUACGCAGAACGACCUGGGUGACGGAGGCCCACAAGCGGCGCACGAGGCGGCCGAUGACUUGCACAAGACCGUGUCUCAGGCGGUUGGCUUCUUUUGCACAUGGCUGGCCUUCGGACCGGCUCGUACGGUCGCGCACUGGAUCUUGGUGUUCUUCCUCGGCCUUUGGGCCGGACAGUUCAUCGUCAUAGGCUUCGGGCUUGCCGUUGCAUGGUUGGAGAAGCGGACCCCGUCAUGGGCCAUGGUAGCCGCCGUGAGAACAGGGCAACGGACAGCUCAAUCUCUCAUGGUACUCGGUCCUCAUAUUCAUAAAGAGUACGAUCCUGUUCGGGUUCGACAAUACCUGGUCUCUGGUUCAUACCUUGCGUGGCUUCACCUUGUCCUGGUGUCUGCGGAGAGGAUGGGGGAGCGCUGGGAGGCGACAUACCCGCCGCGCCAGUGGGAGGCUGCGGUGCAGGAGGCGUAUGAGUACGAGAAGCUGGACUAUACGAGGAGGCAGAUCCGGCUGCUCCGCAUCCCGCGCCAGCGACUCUUUUGCGGCCACUUGCGGUGCACCCUCGUCACGGGACUCGUUUGGGUCGACGCUAUCUGCGUCAACCAGUCCGACGCCGAGGAGAAAUCCCAACAGCUUCCGCUCAUGCAAGACAUCUACUCCAAGGCCAAGAAGGUCGUAGUCUGGCCGGGCGACGAUAUCGACCCGAACAUGGUCGUCUGCACAAUCGAGCUGGUCAUCUCGGUAUCUGUCAACUUCGAGGCUCCAGAGGAAGAAAUACGCGAAUUUUUCGACGACGAGUGGGACGGGCGAGCAUGGAGGGCCAUGACGAAGCUGUUUGAGAACCCCUACUUCGCACGCAUGUGGGCGAUUCAGGAAGUCGACCGCGGCGCCAACGUCGAGAUUCACCACGGCGGCCGCUCUCUGCCCUGGGACUCCUUCUCGCUGGUCGCAUUGCAGUGCAUCCAAGCCCGUCGGCGGGCGAUGCUCUACGGUCCAAAGCCAGCGUCUCUGGCUCUAAAGUCGCGAGCGUCAGACCCGAGAGACAAGGUCUUUGCUCUAAGCGGCUUGCUGGAUGAGAAGAAUUUCCUGCCGGCAAGCCUGCUGGACUACUCAAAGCCAGCUGCCGAAGUUUUCCUCGAGACUUCAAUAAUCUUGCUCGAGCAGGAGCGCGACCCCUUUGCCCUGCUUGGGUUGGCCGUCAUCGACAAAAUUCACAAGCACAUUGCCGCGGCCGUUGGGUCGUCAGCGACAGAGGUGACCACCAACCGUGUCCAGAUCGCAUGGGAGCGCAGUAGGUGGUAUCUCGAGGCCGAGAAGCUCUUGCAAUUCCAAGAGAGUCCAUAUCCCUACACGGGACAACACCUGAGGGAGGCAUUUUGGCGGACCGUCGUCGUCGACAGGUCGAAUGCACACGACCCGCUCCUGCUUACUUUGAAGACUGCGGCAAAAUCUGCCGCCAACUCAGCGUGA